AUGGUCGGAAUCGCGAGUGGAUUAUCUGUGAUACAUAAGCUAAACCGGGCGGGUAAGACAUCUGGUAAGAAGCUUUAUGGACGACAUGGUGAUCUGAGAGCCACGAAUAUUCUAUGGUUUAAGAAGCGUCCUGGGUGUACAGAUGCAAACGGCAUACUCUUGAUUGCGGAUUUAGGGCUAGCGAAACUUCACGGAUUUGAGUCUAGGUCAAACGACGUAGAUGCAGUCUUCCCUCUAACAUACUCACCCCCUCGCCGUCCCGGGGAGCGCAUAAACCGUGCCUUCGACAUCUGGGGCCUCGGGUGUCUAUUUUUGGAGUUUGGUACCUAUGCCAUAUGUGGGGAUCAGGCUAUCGAAGAGUUCUCCCGCCUUAGGGGAUACGAUGACCCCCGCGGCGAAUUCACUACGGAUUGCUUCUACAGCAUAGAUCACACAACAGUCCGCCCAUCUGUAAAUGAAUGGGUGUUGAAUCUGAAGAAAAAACCGCGGUGCUCCCCUGUGUUUCUUGACUUGCUGGAUUUGAUCAUGUCUCAAAUGAUCCGCGUUCAAGCGCACGAGCGAAGCAGUGCUCAAACAAUCUACCGCAAAUUGAAUGUGAUGUACAAGAAGGCUCAAUCUGACCCACAAUACCUUCUGGGAAAUUACGAGAUGUCGCUACAACAGGAUCAACCUGCUCUAUUCAAGAUUGGUACUCAUCAUUCCCCCUUUAUUUGA